UAGGCUAGUUGCUGAAACUAAAUUGCUCGUGACAUUCGUAAGAUGACACGUCUGUAGUGUGUAACAAGAAUGGAAACUACGCUGAAUUCAUUCAACCAUCAGAGAGUUUAACGCACACUAACGGACAAAGAGCUUAUAUCUUGUAUACGUAAGGACCUGUCAAAUUUACAGCAUCUGCAUGGUUAAUGAAAACAAGUCCACGGCGUGGUUUUGUUUACCAUAUGAAAGCCUAAAUUGGCCACAAUAGGUCUAUACUCUAUAAUCUGCAAUAAGUGAAAAGUCGUUUUAAACAUGUCGGCACACACAGAACAGUCUAGACGGAAGAGCACGGACAGGUCGACACAGAACCUUUCUUUCAGUUUGCCUUCUCUGACAAGAUACAAUGGAGUUCCAAAAAGAUACGAGGAAACACGACCGGUGCUGAUUCAGGGCCAUGCCCAUAGAAGAAUACUCAAUAUUGGCCAUGAACUACAUCGGCAGACUUUGGAUAUUGCCGAGCUUGAAAAGCUGAAAUCAAUUCGGGAUGCUGAGUCUGCAUUGUGGGCAGAGGCAGAGCAGAUCAAAGCUGCUGCAGUGGCAAAGGCUCGAGAGGAGGCUGCCAUAGAACAGGAAAGAGUCAUUGAAAAAUUCAACAAAGUUCAUCAGAAGGCUCUGAAGGAGGAGGCUCUACGUGUUGAGAUGGCCAUGCAGAAGCUUGCCAUAGAACAGGUGAAACAGGCACGUAUGGAAGGGGAGGAACGUUUACGCGAGGCUGUCCAUGCUGCUGAGGAGAAGGGGCGUGCAGAACUGAAAGUCGCAGUAGAAGCCGCCAGAAAGGAGGAGAAGGAAGCAGCUGCGAAAGAGGUAGCACGUAUCAUUAGAAUUCAUGAAGACAAAUUCAAAGCUGCAGCUGUUAAAGCUAAGGAAGAGAAAAGGAUAGCUCUUCUGGAAUUAGAGGAGGCUAAAGACAGGGAACGAGUGAAGGCUGUUGCAGAAGUGGAGCAACGUGAGCGAAACAUUACCGUAGAGAAAAUCAAAGCAUUAACUAAGGAAUUUCAAGAGAAAAUAACUUUACUAGGAUUGGAGAUACAAGAGAAACUGGCAGAAAUUAAAAAACGAGAGCAACGAAUUCUUGAAGUAGAAGAAGAAAAGAAAAAUGUUGAAGCUGUAUUGGCAGAAACACAGAAAGAUUUCCAAGAUUUUAUAGAUCGUAUUCAACACUUUGAGGACAAGUGUGGCCAGGCAGAUUACAUGGUGAGACCUGUCUACUUAGACGAAAUAUCUAAAAUCAAGACAUUGAAACAACGUGUGUGAGGACACCACAAGUUUACCAGAUCGGUUUUGUAUGUCGCUCUUCACCUUCAUACUGAAUUAUAAAACUGCAGUGAUCAUGAAUUUUCAUUUUUUAAAGGCAGAUAUCUGUUUACAUUUCUUUUUUUCGACAUUGACAUUUUCAGAUGUCAUUAAUAGUUUGAAAUGUAUAUUAUAUAUAUAAAAAUAUUUGUCUUAUGUUUUACCGGUAAAUGCAUACUAGCUUAAUUCUAAUGCAGUUUAGUUAUCAAUGUCACUACUUUUUAUUAAAAACACUUAAAG